AUGUCAAGCCGACCACGAGAGCUCAUAGCCACACAGUUUCCCCUCAACCCUUCCAAUAACCUCUGCAAAUCUUCUUCAAUCUUAGAGCACGAUCGGUACUACUUGAGACACAACGACCGAAGUCCUUCUUUGACCAACUCGAGGAUACUUCUCGGCACUCUACCGAGAUCCGACAGCGUUAUCUACGUGAUGGAGAACUUGAGCAGAAACGGCGAGCGACAGGUGAUGGGCUCAGUUGCGCAAGACUCGAACGCCAGUGCUGAACCGACAACUCUUUACAGUGACUUCAAUUGUCCUGGAACUAUCGCGAAAGUCUUUGGUUGGCGGAUCUCUAAUAGCGAAGACAACGGUAACUCCGGUGAUGUUCAGUCAACUCCAAAGCUAUUAGAGGAACUCUUUGGUGAGCCGUCCAAUGAGUCUGAAAUUCAAAACUUUGAUCGGAUUGAUGAAGCCAGAGACGAAAGCGGGGACCUCAUGCAGACCGAGCAAGGAGCUCCGCUUGUUGAAGAAGCUUAUCCUGAUAGAGCUGGCGAGAGAAAUGAGCAAGAAUUUCACCAACCUGUGCUAGAUGAGAUGAUACGGGUACUCGAGGGCAAGGAGGAGCAAGAGAAAGAAUCUCAAGGCACACAGAGUUUCGGCGAUCAGAUCUACCGUGAUGGAGGUUCGGCGAAUGAAUUCGUCAGCGAGAAAGAUCCCGUUGUCGAACGACUUGAAGGUUCUCGUUCCGGCAGCGAAAACUCAGCUGAGAAGAAAAUCGAAAGCAACAAUCGAAUGAACCAUUGCGAUGUUAACGAGAGGUUCUUUGACGACUUUCCUGUUGGCCCUGGUCAGUCCGCUGGUUCUAGCGCCUUCCUUAAUAACGUUGAUGUCGAAUAUUGGGCGGAUGUUCACCAGUCCGGAGCAACUAUGCCUCAAAGCCAGUUGCAUUCCUCAGCGAUCGAUAACUAUCAAAUUGGGAAACCCGCGGAACGACCCCUUGAAAGAUAUUCUGAGGAGUCUGUUGUUGGUCCUAGCAGUGGCAAGGAGAGAUCCCACCCGGAUCAAACUUUUGAGGUUAAAGUAGGCUCUAACCAAGAGUUUGACUUUGGCCAUCAUAAUCCAAGCUCUCUUUCAAUAUUUCAACCGCUCAUCAAUGCUCCUCUCCAGCACGCUUAUAUGCAGCAAACCCAUAAUCCUCAAUCUUACAACCAGGGUUGCUCUGUGCAACAACACUAUCCCGAGAGAUUUUAUCUCCAGCAGCCUCACGCUCAACACCUUCACACAAAAGGAUCGCACGCCACGAAUAUACCCACUUUUGUUCAAUCUGUUCGACCUAGCAAACGUCAAACAAAGUACUCGCUCUGUCCGUCUCGAAAUCCUCCUCAAACAUCUCUUUGUCCUGUCCCAAAUGUUGCCGCAACCGGAUCCCUCCAGACUGUCCCAGCAACACGACAAGAGCAACUUUGGCGCUCCACACCACAUGGUCCUUAUCUCCGAGGUACUCGAAAUCCAAAGAAGGUAGUCAGAAACGCCUUUCUUAAUGAAUGGUUGAGACUUAAUCGUCCUGACAUCCCAUUGCCAGAUUCAUCAGGACAAGGGUUCAAGGAACAGAGCAGAGUCUUUAAUAGCCUUUCCCCGCCAGAACGAGAAGCUGCCAAUGCGUUUGCGGUUCGUAAAGCUGAAGCUGAGCAAGCAGAGAGGAGAUCAAAUGGGACUGCACAGUACAAAGUCUCCCUCGCUCCCAGUGCGAUGUGCAAUCAUGGCGCCAAGCGCCAGGGAAGUGCAAGUUCCACUGCUCAUCUGCAAAACCUUCCUAGCGCUCGCAUGCAAGAUCUCGCAGACGCGCAAAUCCUCGGCCAGCGCACUGGCCCCGUUCCACCACGACACAGCCAGCAUGGUGGCUAUGGAAGCGUGCUUCAGGAUGCAAUCAACCAUUAUCCAGAUCACGCGCAGGGUAUGUAUUAUGCAACAAGCCAAGGAGAGUACCCAUUGGAUCCCUCUCUGAGCCAGACCGAUCCUAACCAGACUUUUGGGAGCUUCCAAGAACAUGCAAGUGGAGGAUAUUCAAUGAAUCAAUCUCACAUCCAAAAUCCUGCUUGCAAUAACGGCAAUUCUAUGUCACAGAGUCAGAAUUCUUUGUUCAUGCCAUAUGGUUUUCCGGUGAGCCACGGUGUGGCGCAAAUACCUACAAAUGCAAGCACUUUCGGAAUGCCAAAUCCUGGCUUGAUGCAUGGCAUGUAUCCCCCAACCGCAUCUCUACCAGGAUACCCGACGUACAUGACUCAACACGAACAUCAAAUGUCGGCAUAUCGCUACACGACUGAAGGACAGUGGCACGGAAAUGGCUUAAUGUGUAGUGCGCAUCCUCCCAUUGACCCAUUCAGUUUCCAUUUCCAUCAACAAUUUAAUGGAAUAUCGCCGACGGAGAAUUUCGGUACGGGAAUUGGUCUUAGACUGAACCACCAAGGUUGGGGAAACAGCCCCCGUGGCGGUAGUCCUUCCAUGGAAUAUCCUCAACAUCGACAUGCGGAAAACUCCUUGAGGACGAAUCAAAUUUAUGGCCGAAAGAGAAGGCAGGCCGAGGAAGACAAUAACGCAGUUGAAGAUGCCGAAAAUGAGCAAGCUGAUGGCCCAGCCUCGAAGAGAGUACGAAGAACUUGAGUUUCUACUGAGGGGACUCUCAGGUGGGGAUGUCAUCAAGACAUGAUUUUGGCUGUGUCUUUCAUAUAUGGGUUUUGGGUAGAGCAUUAGCGUUGGACUCGUCAUUUGUGGUUGGUUAUUGGGGAGCGGAAUUAGUUACCUCGGUCUCGAGAAUCUUGUAAUCGAGCUUUCAUCUAAUGAUUUAGCCCUGGU